AUGUCGCGUAAGUCGCGUGCACAGGGCGAGAAGAGCCAACGACUGGCCGCGAAAGAGGCCCUGUUGGAGGGCAUCAAGUCCGUGGAUCGUGGCUUCUCAGCCACCGAGGAGCAACGGUCCAUGAUCCGAGAAAAGAUUGAUGAGCUGGUGCGCUGGAAUCCAAGCCUCGAGCCGGCGAAGAAGCUGGGUGGGGAGUGGACUUUGAUCUACACCAAUGCUCCGGACAUUCUAAAUAUUCCCACGACGCCCUUCUCGUCUAUUGGGAGGAUCGGACAGGAGAUUGAUUCGACGAAAGGCAUCAUCGCGAACGUCAUCGAGUACCGACCUUCCUCGCUGGCCAGCGGCCUGAAGGAAGCGGCCACGGAGGACGCGCUGGUCCAGCGGGUCUAUACCGAGUACACGGUGACCUCCGAGAACUCUGUGGAACUUCAAAUUCGCGGUCUUGGUGUUGAUCCACAGCGGGUUUUCGGCUUUGAAGUGCCAGAGGCGCUGAAGCUCAAAGUACAAGGUCCGUUAUCAUUGCCCUUUGGCAACUUCGAGGUGCUCUAUCUCGAUGAGGAGGACGAACUGCUGCUGCGAGCCCUGCAAUCUUUACGCGAUGGCAUUCUUAGGCAGGCCGAAGACACGGAGAAGCAGCUGCUGGCAUCAUCGCAGCGAGCCGAGGCCGUGGGGUUGAAGCUCCGCGCGGCGAACUGCCAUUUGGAAGUCCUGGCCCAAAGCCAGUUCUUAGAACAUCGGAUCCAAACAGAAGAGGAAGAGGUCGAUCCGACAGCUUUCACGGAGGAUCUUUGGUCUAGCUGUCUGGUGGAGCCGGUGCCUGAGGUGGAACUCGAUGCGAUCAAGAAGGCCUUGUCCUUGGGACAAAACUUUGUAGAGAAUCAGGUGAUCGAGGAGAUGCCUCCGCUGCCACCGGUCAUUGGCAGCGAGGCCUGGCAGAAUUCGUUCAUCAGAAAUGUGGAGGACUUCCUGGGCGAAACAGAAACACCCGCAGUGGCUGCCAGUCCUGCCACGGAAGAGGUCGAAGAGGAGGCUGCCUGGUAG